AGGUUGAAGUUGAAAAAAAGGGCUCAGCUUUCUUCUUCUUCCUUCCGCUCUGCAUCAUUCGCCGUCAGCUCCGUUCUUCACUGGUUUCAGGAUCCUGAAAAUGCGACUUUUGCAGCAUGUUCUUUCUCAAUCAGCUGCAUCUGCACGGGUGUGUGGAUCGACGACAAGUCGAGUGUCUAUGUUGAAUUUGAAAACAAUUAUAUGUUCCCACUUCUUUUCAACUAAAUCUGAUGGGUUUGGAGGUGAUGAGAAGGAUUGGGGUAAUGCCACUCGUGGAAAUGAUAAUGGAAGUAAUCCCAUUUUUGAUGAUUCAGCUUGGGGUUCUAUCUCAUCAUGGUCAACAGGAUUGACUAAGGAUCACUUUGAUGGUGACGCAGUUGGUCAUCAGGUUUCCUCAUCUGGUCCUUCUCAUGGUCCAACACAAAAUCCUACCAUUACUUUUGCACACAGAGAAUCUGAAGAGAUAGAUCCCGUGAAGCAGUUGGAGGAAGAAAACCGCAAAAGUAAAUCUUUUGUUGAUUCAUGGGGUGAGAAGAUGAAGGACAUAGGUGUUCUUUUGAAGCAGGCACGAGAGCCUGGUGCUAGAGGCACAUAUCUUAAAGACUCUGAAAAGGCUGAAAUGUACCGUCUCCACAAGCAGAGUCCUGAUGUUUACACUGUUGAAAGGUUGGCUCGUGAUUAUAGGAUUAUGAGGCAGAGAGUACAUGCAAUUUUAUGGUUGAAAGAGGAUCAGGAGAAAGAAGAGAAAAAACUUGGCCACCCUUUGGACGACUCAGUUGAGCUCUUGCUGGAUAAUUGUCCUGAGUUUUUUGUUUCCCAUGAUAGAGAGUUCCAUGUGGCUUCACUUCCAUACAAGCCAGAUUUCAGGGUGAUGCCGGAAGGUUGGGAUGGGACUGCAAAAGAUCGAGAUGAAGUUCAUUAUGAGAUAUCAAUGAAAGAAGAUGCAUUACUAUACGAGGAGUUUGUCCAAAAGAUGACCUUUAACAAGAUGAAGUUGGCAGGUGAGGUGAAAAAGCACAAGUACAGUAGGAGAAGGCCAGAUGAAGGGUGGAAUAUUACAGUUGAGAAGCUUGGGCCAACUGGCAAACGUGGAAAUGGUGGAGGAUGGAGAUUCUGUAGCAAACCGGAUGGAUCCAGCCGACCUCUCAAUGAAAUUGAGAAGAUCUACGUCAAACGAGAGACCCCACGCAGGCGUCGCAAGAUUCUUCCCUGAAAAUGGAUUGAUGGUAGUUGUGUUACUUUUUGUUAGUCAAAUGCUUAUGAAAACUAGUUUAAGUUUUCCUAUCUUUUGGUUCAUUGAAGAAGUUCAAAUGAUGUGGUAACAUUUGAAAUUUGAGCAUAACACAUGUUUUUUUUGUUACUAUCUGUUACGAAUAGUACUUGUAUUGAAUUUUGAUUGACUGUUUGGAAUUAAUUUCCUCUUUGUAACCAAAAGUUACAUUAUU